AUGGGAGACCCCAUCGGGAUCCCGCAGGCAGCCUGGCACGCUUCGAUAGAGGUCCAUGGAAAAGCCAAGUGCGGAGGCGCUCUCUUGAAGCCCAAAUACGUUCUUACUGCCGCGUCUUGUGUUAAGAAAAUACUGGUGAGCCACAUCAGAGUGCGGCUGGGCACGGCAGUUCGCAAUGCAGGAGGAUCCUUACUGGGGGUCUGCAAAGUCAUCGUCCAUGAGCAGUUCAGCUCCAAGGUUUACGACAGCAACCUGGCCCUCCUGCAGCUCUGCGAGCCCGCACCGAGCUCUGACAAGAUCAACCCGAUCUCCGUGCUCAGAAAGCAGCCGAAGACCGGGGAAAAAAUCACAGCCAGCGGUUGGGGAUCCAUCAGCUGGUGGGGCCGCCUCUCGAGUUCCUGCUGGGCCACCGCCUCCGUGGUGCUACGCAAGGCCACCUUGCCGCUCCAAAACCUGACAAUAUGCAAGGCUAAACGGAAGGGAUUUUUGCAGUACUUCCGCAAGGCCGUCACGGACCUAAACAUCUGCACCACCAAGAGCGACAAGCUCUGCUCCUACGACUUGGGCUCCCCACUAGUCAGCAACGAUCACUUGGUAGGCAUCCUCUCUAAGGGCGAUUGCUCCAACAAGCCGGAGGUGUACUCCAGUUUGGUGAAUCACAAUACUUGGCUGGAUCUCAACACAAAAGAAUGA